AUGUCUUCGCGGCCGUCGUCCAGCACAUCCAAGGAUAUGCCCUCGGCCUCGGCUCCAGGCACAGCUCUGCGACGAUCUUUUACCCUCCCUUCGAGACUGGCCAACCCGAAGACGAUUCAACAACAGGUCGAGAUUGGUUCCGCCGAUGGCAUCGAGACGCUGUUUGUCCACCCCUCGGCCAAGAUUGUAUCCUUCAGUACAGCAUCAUCUCUGAGAUCGCGACCCAGCUCAAGAUCGAGCAUUGCCAGCUACGAUGGAGAAGGAGAUGCCUCCACGUCCCUGCUGUGGACCUCACCCACCGAGCGGACCAUGGCUGCAGAAAUCUACCGCGUACCUGGAUCCGUCGCCUUUCUACAUUCUGGCAGCUUGCUACACGCCAUCCUCCCGCGUUCGCAAUGUUGGUGUGUCGACGGCGUCUCCAAGUUCGCCAUGCGCGUCUUGCCCAACACCUACUACCGCAUCGAAUUACCCGGAACCACUCAAGAAGACCUGGAACAUGUUGAGCAGCUCAAGAAGACACUAGCUAAAGUCUUGUACUACGAGAAAACAGCUUGUCCUUUUCAGAGAGGUUUCGGCGAGGACCUGCCAGAAAUGCCCAGCAGAAACUCGCGGAGGCUGUCAAGAGAGUUCAUCGAGCCUGCAAAACGCUGGAGACUUGACAAGGUCUGGAGGCCCGAGGGCGCCGACCUCGAGGAGCCGCAGCUCUUGCAUCCCGACAGAAGCAAAUCGAGAUCUACAUCGAGAUCAGACACCGAACGUUCCGAACUCGAGGACAGCGUAAAAUCAGAGGAAGAGGGUGGGAAAGAGCAGGACACCAGACCGGCCAGCAGAGGAGACAAGACAUCACAACUAUCUGGACCAUUCCCAUCCAAGAGGCUGGCGGCCAUGCGGUCGGUUACUGCCCCUCCGCAGUUGAGCCUCGAAUCGUCACCUCCGUCCAGAGUUAACAAGGUCCGUAAGAUGGCUGGUAUAUUCGAUCAGACUGCUCGCGACACUGCACCACCUCUUGCACGCCCACUCUCAUCCGCUCUUGUUCCACGACUACCGUCCACACCUGAGUCUCCUCUCUACUCUCCUGACUACCAUAUUCAUGAGGACGUUACGAGUGACGAACAACCAAAUUCGACCCAAAUUAGACCUGUCACCGUCAUGGUAGAAGAAACCAAGGACCCUAGUCUCAGAGAACCUUUGAUCCUUGUCGAGCAAAUAGGUGAUGAGACUGAGCUCAACACGACUGAAGACUCAACUUACUCCAAUCUUCCCAAGCAAGCCGAUGCCACAGUCACCCAGACACUCCUGCCCGAAGAAUCUCAAGAACAGGCACCUCCUCCCCAGCCCUCUCCACAACCUCCCUCUCAACAGCAACAUCCUGGUCCACUCUCCCCCAAAACCCACCUCUACAGCCCUAACAAAAACCUCCCCGCCCUCCUCGUCCGCAAAACUUGCGCACUGUUCUUGGGACCCCCAGCAAACCUUGUAGCUACUAUGCUCAGGAUUGCUGCUAGAUUGGUCGCUAGUGGGGCGCUGAAUCUGGCUGAACCGGCUUUUCACGAUAUGUUUGCUGCUGGCGGUGCUGCGGCUGCUGCGACUGCGGUGGGGAGAAUGAGGGGGCACAGAAGAGUGCCAGGGAGUUGGGAUUUGAGUGAUGACGACGAGGAUUGGGGCUUCUAG